CGCCGUCAGUUUAUAGUAGUUUGUAGAAGUAGUAAGAUCGCGAUUGAAUUCAGGAUUUCGAUAUUAAAUAACCUGUGGCUAUUUCAAUUUAUAGAAUAUUCAACAGAAAUUUAACAUGAUAAUCUUAAAACUGUUAUUAAGAAGUUUAAUAUACAUUGCUGCAAUCGCAAUAGCGGAUUCUAUCGAUGAAGAAGACGAAUGGGAAAAUACGAAGCGCAAUGUAUCAAAUUACAUUUUAUCGGAAAAUAUAACGCCAAUGCAUUAUAUCGUACAAUUUCAAUUUAAUCCUAUGUUUACUAUGUUUUUUUAUGGCGAAUGUGAAAUCAUUAUAUAUGUUAAUGACAAAACACACUAUAUCGGUUUUCAUGUGCUGUUUUGGAUGAGGAUAAGCAAAUGGGAAUUAAAGGAAAUUAACAAUAGAGUCAUUCGUGAAGCGAAACAAGAUUAUUAUUUUGAUCGUUCAAUAGAUGAUGACGACAUUAUUUUGCUUCACCUUGACGAUGUCUUAUUCCGUGGAGUAUAUAUUCUGUAUAUACAAUUUAGUAUACCUAUUGAAUUCGUAACAGACACUUUCGCAACUCUGAAUAAAGGCAGAUAUGGAACAGAGAGAAGUACAGAAGAGUGGUUAAUCAUAACAGGUGUCCAGACAAAGCAACAACAAAUAUUGCCAUUUUGGAACAAACCAGAAUUAAGGAUUACUUUUGAUAUUUCCAUAAAGCAUGAUCGAAGUUACAAAGUUUUGUCAAAUAUGCCGAUACGAGAAUCUAAAUUGUUGGAAAAUAAUAUGAUGUUGACAUAUUUUUACAAGUCUUUUUUCACUAUAAGUAAUGUAAUAUUAAUGGAAUCCAGUUUUCAUAGGAUUACCAAUUUGGAUAACACAACUAGCAUCUGGUGCAGAUCGAAAUUGAUACCGCAUAUGAAAUUUGCACUACAUGUUGCUGAAAAUGUUACUAUGUACUUAGAGAAGAAUUGGUAUAAUUCGAAAAAAGUCCUUGAAAAGGCCCUUCUUUUCAUCGAGAGAAAAGUGGAUCAUGUCGCAUUCUCUGAUUUAAAAGAUGAAAUUAAGCAGACUUUAGGAUUCGUUUUCUACAGAGAAACAGAUAUAAUUUAUGAUGAUGAACUAGAUCCUGUUGCUCGCAAAAUGAGAAUUGCACGCUUAAUAGCACGUGGAAUGACACAAAAAUAUAUUGGCAAUCUGUUAAAUCCAUCUUAUUGUUUUCAUCAAUGGUUAAACGAAGGCUUUAUAAUGUAUCUUCAAGAAUAUAUCCUUGAGAAGGCUCUGCCAAAUUCCCGAAUGAUGGAUUGGUUUAUAGUUCAAGUUCAACAUGCACUACUCGAUCUAAACUCAUAUAUUGUUAUAAAUUCUGCUGUAGAAUAUAAUACUUAUCCUGGAAAUUAUUAUUCUUCUCUUUCCCAUAUCAAAGGAUCCAUUAUAUGGCGUAUGUUAGAACGAACAUUGCCAUCUAAUAUAUUCUUUAUGGGCAUCAAUAAAUAUUUGAACCUAUUCUCUGACCGUAAAGCAACAACUUCCGAUCAUUUAUGGAACGCUAUGCAAUCUAUCAUGAUUGAAUUAAAUUUCAACUAUAAGCUUAAUAUAAAAAGCAUAAUGGAAUCAUGGGCUAUGCAGAGAAGCUUUCCCGUAUUGAACGUGAUGCGAGAUUAUUCUAAAAAUGUUGUAAAUAUAUCGGUACAAUUUAACAACACAUUGGAUGAAAAACAAUAUUAUAUACCUGUUACUUAUACUACGGAGUUGAACCCUAAUUUUACCAAAACUUGGACAAAUGUUUGGUUAACACCAUCACAAUCACAAAUUGAAUUCUUUCUUGACAAAAAUCAAUGGAUUAUUUUCAACUUACAACAAGCUGGACCUUAUCGCGUCUAUUAUGAUACCGAGAAUUGGCGAAAAAUUGCCCGAUACUUAAAUUCUGAGAAAUAUACGAAUAUACAUGUUCUCAAUCGAGCACAAAUCAUCGAUGACGCAUUUUACUUUGUGAUGAAGAAAAAUCUUGAUUUUCUCUUAUUUUGGAAACUUGCUAAUUAUUUGUCAAGGGAAAGAGAUUAUAUAGCAUGGUAUCCUAUGAUCAAAGUAUUUGAAUUUUUGUCGCGUUUGAUCCCAUUAUUAAAAUUUUAUCCUUACUUGAAGUUUAAAUUUAUGGUACAGAAUAUUCCUUUAACGAUGUGGAAUUCAUAUGAAAAUAGCGCCGAUGAUCAUACUACAUAUUUAAAGCAAGAACUCGCAAAGUGGAAAUGUAUUAUUGAUGAUCCUUUUUGUAAAACAUUGGCCAAUCGUACAUUGGAAUGGCAUCUGUUAAAUACUAAAAAAAAUAAACUUUUACCUGGAUGGAAGAGGUGGACAUAUUGUAAUGGAUUGAAAAUGGCAGAUCGUGGUAUAUGGGAGAAAGUUUUUCAGUAUUACAUGAAGGAAACAGAUCAUAUAAUUUUGGAAUGCCUGGCUUGCACUGAAAAUUCUGAAAUUAUAAUUAAUUAUUUAGAAAUAAAAUUACCACAAAUUUUGAAAAAACUUUGGUAUCAACCUUACCGUCCAAACGAGCAAGAUUUUGCCUUAAAUGCUAAUAUUUUUCUUUUUACUCUUGCGAGGAAUACUAAGUAUAUGCUUAAAGAUUUAUUAAAUAAUUUCGAAAAAAUAAAUCACAGGGAAGUCAAUCAUAUUGUGACUUUAAUUGUUAUGAUUAACAAUGUGUAUUUCAAGGAUCAGUUGGACGAGAUAAGCAAUUUUGUAAAACAUGAAAUUGAAGCAUCAAUUCCAAUUUUGGACAUAAGAAGCAUUAUUAUUCCCGAUGUUGAACACAAGAUAGAAACACGCUGGUUGGAAAUCCAGAAACAGAUAGAACAUGUUGAAUCUUUGUGUUGUACUCAGUCAGAAAACUAAAGAUCUAUACAUCUAGAUAACGCAUCGAAGAAAUCAAUUAUGCAGCAUGAAUGUUUAAAACCCGGAUACACUAACGUUAUUUUGGCUUUAAGCGAAACUUAAAUAUAUAUCUAUCGUUAUUAAUUUAGGAAGAAAGAUAAUAGGUAGACAUAUAUUUAAAUCUCGUUUAAAUCCAAAAUAAUGUUGGAGCAUAAUCGGGUAAUAUAAUAUAAAUUUAUACACAUUCAUAUAAUAUAUGC